AUGGAGCCUGUGCCUGAGAUGGAAAGCCUGGAGCAGUUCCGGUCAUCUCCAGUUCCAUCACUUCGGCUCCAGAGCCCUCCUACUCUCCAUUCUCUUGAUACUGAACCACUGAGGAAACCCCCUACGAUCCGCCGCUCCACCGAUCCCAACCCCUCAUCGCCAAACUCUCCCACCUGGAGCGUAUCGCCAGCGAUGCCUUAUCGUCCUCGAACAACAUCACCGCUAUCAGGAUUUCAUCAGAGGUCGAGGUCGGCCAUAUCUCUUGCCCCACAAAUGUCCCGCGCCCAGUCCCUACCUGGCGUAAGCGGCUCAGGGCACAUCCUCUAUACUCCACAGCUGCGUCCUUCGAGCCCGUCCGGGUCUCCUAGUCGUGUUCGAGUCGCUCGUAAGCCUGUCGACGAAGCUUUCCCGACCUCUCCUGUUCGCUCUUCCGUCUUGGACCACGAUCGGACUUUGCCAGAACGGAGCCUAUCCCCCGUUCUCGGUAGUGUUCCAUCAUCCUCAGCGCCUUCGAUGGCCAGUGCUGCCAGCCGAUAUCGGCGGCCCUCCUCGCCACUCCGUUACAAUGGGCAUUCGACCACUACCGCUGUGCCCAUGCUUCCAUCCACGCCGUCAUCCUCCUCUUCCUCCCCCUUAGGUCGGGCCUACGAGAUCUCGCAUAAUAGCUACAGCACGCUCACGCCAUUUCCGUCUUCGUCCGUCCCUUCUACACCCACGUCCACUCGAUCGAGGAGCCCCAGCAUCUCGAGCCUAGAGACAAUUCCCGACUCGCCAGACGCUGAGGAAGCCGCUAUGGAAGCGGAGAGGAUUGCACAGCUGAAAGCUGAUGCUGAAGCUGCCGAAGAAGGCUCUGACACGGCCGAUGGCAAGGGGCGGAGCAGUCUUGAUGUUCCAACUCGUGGUAGGACGCUUGGUUUUGGAUCUCGUGACAAGAGGAAGCGCUGGAGCGUUUGUGGUGCAGAGAGGAGAGGCGAUCUCGAUCUGGAAACGAUUUGGGAGGAUUAG